AUGGAACUUCUUGCAGAAUACCUUUUCCGAAAGUGUAUCCAGCAAAAGUGGUUCGAACAAGACGACGAACUCUCAUACCACGAGCUCCAAGCAGACUACCUUGGUAUCAUUCUUCGUUCAGGAGGAGACUCAUACCACAGCGAACCUGCUGGCCUCCUUGUAAACAGUGCGCUUUUAGACGUUGUCAGACAUUUGCAAGUGCCAGCUGCAAUGACCAUGAGAUCUAAAACGGUCGUGGUGCUCCUGAAUGAAACUCUUAGCAGCCAUUCGACUACCACAAUCGAUCUCUCUGGGAUCACUCUUCACAUUCUCGAGAGCGUCACUGAUAUCGAUAAGACGAUCAUGAACUUCCGGCCCUAUAAGACCAUAUAUCUCUGCAGAAGGGAAGGUUUUCUUCUCAUCUCUGCUGAGCAUGGUCAAGCCUUGCUGAAGCGGGGGAGCUAUGUCGAAGAUCUGAUGAUCGGUUACCUCUUUGGUGGACUAGGACGAGGUCUGGAAUCUGAUACCGACGUUGCGCCCAUCACGCGUCCAGCGAACAAGCCCUUACAGACACUUCAACCAUCCAUUGCUCGAAUCCUUCCUGACUUGCCCCAGACUGCUUUUCAAGACUCGGCGUGGCAGGAAAAGAUCAAUGCCAUUCAAGUGGCCAUUGACAAGGAGCAACAAGGAGACAACACUUUCGAUGUGGAAAAGGAGGGGCAGGAAGCACCUCGAAGAAAGUUCUUGCUCAAUCAUGCAAUCAUGGUGGGAUUCGCAAUGGUACUGACCGUGGUCGUGGAGAUGGCCUGUAUCGCGAAGAUGGUCAGAGAGGUCCAGCUGGACGGCAGCUACACCAGAUUUGCGCUUGCCGCCACGGUGCCCUUGUUCGCGACGUUCUCGCUGUUCUUCAUGAUUGUGACCAGUGGCUCUUUGUGGCAACUCUUCGGUCCAGUCUCACCUCUCAAGACGAACAGCAAGUACUACUCUGCAGUUGCACCAAAGCCCGGUCGAUACCCCGGACUCGAGUUACCCCACAUCACCAUCCAAAUGCCUGUCUACAAGGAGGGCUUGCAGAAUGUGAUCAUCCCAACAAUCAUGAGUGUCAUGGCGGCUGUCAAAAAGUACGAAACACAUGGUGGCACCGCUACCAUAUACGUCAAUGACGACGGUAUGCAACUGGUUGGGAAAGAUCUGGCCGAUGCACGCAAGGCCUAUUAUUCCCUUAACAGUAUCGGAUGGUGUGCUCGACCACCUCACAAUGACACGAAAGCGAAAAAGAAGACGAAUAAGUGGCGGAAGAGCAAAGACUCUGAGAAGGUCGACCUCGAAAACGAGGACACAGGAGUUCAUUUCAUACGCAAGGGCAAAUUCAAGAAGGCCAGCAACAUGAAUCAUUGUCUUGACUUUUCUCUUCGUGUUGAAGAUGAAUAUUGUGAGAUGGCGAAGCGACUUUGCGAAGAGCGUGGUUGCAUCGAAGACGACCUCACAGCUCAAGAAGAAAGUCUGAUAUAUGAACAGGCGAGAGAUCAAGUUCUCCAGAAUGACGGAGGCAAAACCUGGGCUUCGGGUGAUGUCCGAGUGGGAUCCUAUAUUCUCAUCAUCGACUCCGACACACGAGUGCCCGAGGACUGUCUCCUUUAUGGCGCCUUGGAGAUGCACGAGAGCCCAGAAGUGGCUUUGAUUCAGCAUGCUUCCGGGAUCAUGCAGGUUGUACACAACGCUUUCGAGAACGGCAUUGCUUUCUUCACGAACUUGGUGUAUACAUCCAUUCAAUUUGCGGUCGGGAACGGAGAUUGUGCGCCCUUCGUGGGCCAUAACACGUUCAUCCGUUGGGAUGCUCUUCAGUCCAUCUCCUGGUUUGACGAGGACGAUCAGUGUACCAAAUUCUGGUCUGACAGCCACGUUUCAGAGGACUUUGACGUGAGUUUGCGAUUGCAGAUGAACGAUUUUGUCGUCCGUCUGGCCACCUACCAUGAUGGUGGCUUCAAGGAAGGUGUCAGUCUCACCGUGUACGACGAGAUUGCCCGUUGGGAGAAGUACGCUUAUGGCUGCAAUGAGUUGGUCUUCAAUCCUUUGUACCAAUGGCCAUACAAGGGUCCAUUUACCCGGCUUUUCAUGCGCUUCGUCUUCAGCAAAAUCAAGAUUACAAGCAAGAUCACAAUUUUUGCCUACAUUGGAACAUACUAUGCUGUUGCCUCAGCCAUCCCUCUGUCACUUGCCAACUAUUUUAUCGUGGGCUGGUUUGCCAACGACAUUGAUCAGUUCUACUUGACUUCGUGGCAAGUGUUUGUGGGAAUGGCAGCGGUUUUCAACGUCCUCUCACCAGUUGGCUACUCCAUGCUUCGACACCGACUUGGAAAGACUACCUUCUUCGAUGCUUUGAAGGAGGGCAUCAAGUGGACUCCCAUGUUCCUACUUUUCUUUGGUGGCAUUUCAUUCCACUUGCUCAAGGCCAUCUCAUGCCACUUCUUCAGCAUCAACAUGGAAUGGACAACGACCGCCAAAGAAUACAGUGGAGGCUUCAGAGUGGGUCUCGAUCGCAUUGUUCGCGAUUUCAAGUGGAUGUACCUGAUCGUCGCGAUGCUGACGGGAGGAAUGAUCUACCUGGCUUGUUUUGCGCCUUACGGCUGGACGAUCGAGGAUUUUUCGGCAAUCGUCCCUCUGGCAAACCAAGUGGGCUGCCAUGCUUUGUUGCCUUUCGCGUUGGGCCUCUUCUAAAGGUGGUAGGCAGGAGACCUGGCAAUCUGUGCCACAUUCUCGGAAUGGCGCGAGUGGAUCCCUCAGCUGGCGGUUUUCUGUGAGCACGAAUAGCGUUAAAUUAGAAUUGAACAGGGAGCCGAAAAGUCCCUAAUUGUAACGUCUUAGGCAUGAUGUAGUGUCAAAUCUGCUCUGCGUGUCGUGAAUCC